UUGGCGCUGCGAUGCGCGGCCAACGUCGCCCGGGUCCGCCUAUUUGAUUACAACGCUGUUGUACUCGCUCGUGAUUCUGUAGCCAUGCUGACUCGCAACUCUGGCGCACUCACACUCUUCUGACUGCUGGCUUCAUCUCUCCCAAUCAACCACACGCCAUAGCCAAUCUUAUCUCGCACUUUGCAUCUUUGCCUCGCCUUGCUCUACCCUCCACCUACUCUCUCCAAUCCUUGCCACACACUUCGUCGACUCCAUCAACUUGUCACAGUCCCUGGAGCACAAGAUGGUCAUCUCUACUUUUCCCGAGCCUCCCAAGGUCUGGCCCCUCGAUGUCCAGGCCGUGCCAGUGCCAGGUACGGAGAAAGACGGGCACACUCCCAUUUUCCGAAAUGCCGCUGUUCCAGAGUUCACAACUCAGGAAUCCAUGUAUGAUGUCUUCGCUGUGGGCAGGGAUCGUGAUCCUCAAGCCCCUUACCUCGGUAUCCGUCCCUGGAAUCCAGCCAAGAAGGACUUUGAGCGCAGAUUCGAGUGGCUGACGUACGCCCAGGCGGAGGAGCUUCGCACUGCCGUUGGAAGCGCUCUCGGAAAGCUCGCCAAGGAGGGUCAGCUUGGACAGGGCGUACCCGACAAGCAGUGGACUUGCGGCGCUUGGAUGCAGAAUAGGCCUGAGUUCCAGAUCUUGGAACACGCUGCUGCCGCCUACUCUCGCAGGACGGUAUCCCUCUACGAUUCUUACGAUACAGAGACUGCGGUCUACGUCCUCGCACACUCUGAGGCUCGAUGUGUCUUCACGACCACCUCACAUGUCCCCACGCUCCUCGCUAGCGCGAGCGAGAUACCCUUGGUCAAGCUCAUUGUUACCCUCGACACUCCUGCGCCAGCUGCAAGCGCUCCUGGAGAGCUAGGUCGUGACCAACUGCUGGCCAAGUGGGCGGCUAGCAAAGGCGUCAACCUCACGAGCUGGGACAAGAUUGUGGAGCUUGGAAAGGCAAACCUGGUGGCUCACACCCCUCCUCAGAGCAACGAGGAGCAAAUCAGCUUCUGCUACACGAGCGGAACCACUGGCAAGCCCAAAGCUGCGAUCGUGCUGCACAAGCAACUUGCGUACGCAGGUGCUGCUACUUCGCUCUACUGGUCAAAGCCUCAAAAGAUGAUCUCCUACCUGCCUUUGGCUCACAUCUACGAGAGAAUCCUUGAGGCACUCGUCACGCGCAAUGGAGGAAGUAUCGGAUACUUCUCUGGCGAUGUGCUACGCCUCACGGAAGAUGCUCAGGUCCUCCAGCCUUCGUUCUUUCCUGGUGUGCCUCGCGUCUUCAACCGCAUCGCCGCUCAAAUCCAAGCACAAGCAGAUGGCGGAGGUCUCAAAGGCAAACUCUUGACAGCUGCUUUGAACGCAAAGAUUGCUCGACACGACCAGACGGGUGACGUGACUCAUGCCUUCUACGACCGGAUCGUCUUCCGCAAGGUGCGCGCCGUGUUGGGUGGCAAGGUCGAGCAGCUCGUCUCUGGAUCGGCGCCCAUUCGUCCAGAUGUACUCAAGGUGCUUCGUGUGGCCUUGAGUGCAGACUUCCGCGAGGGUUACGGACAGACGGAGAAUGCGGGGUCUUGCUUGCUCAUGCACCCCGGAGACAAGGAUCUGGGUACUUGCGGCCCACCCGUUCCUGGCCAUGAAGUCCGCUUGCGCGACUGCCCCGAGUUGGGCUACACGACCAAGGACAAGCCGUUCGCUCGCGGCGAGAUCCUGUCCCGCGGUCAGUCCGUCUUCCCAGGAUACUUUAAGGACGACAAGAAGUCAAAAGAGACGCUGGACGAAGAGGGCUGGAUGUACACUGGUGAUGUGGGAUUGAUCGACGACAAGGGCAGAGUCAAGAUCAUUGAUCGAGUCAAGAACUUGAUCAAGCUGGCUCAGGGAGAGUACGUCGCUAUUGAGCACGUCGAGGGCAUCUUUAGCUCCUCGAAGCUUGCUGCUCAAUUGUGGCUCUACGGAGAUUCGACUGAGGCACACCUGGUUGCGAUUGCUGUGCCAGACCCUGAAGCGUUUGCUCCCUUCGCGUCCAAGAUUACCGGAAAGCAGCUCUCUGCAGCCGACUUGCAAGGUCUGGAGCAAGCGUGCCAAGACCCGAAGGUCGUCGCCUCCUUCCUCAACGACCUGGUCACUGUGGGCAGGCGAAACAAGGUCAAGGGCUUCGAAUUCCCGCGCGCUUUGAAGCUGCGCAUGACCCCUUUCAGCAUCGAGGAGGGCACACUGACCCCUACGUUCAAGCUCAAGCGACCAGAGGCUAGAAAGAUCUUGGAGGCUGACAUCAAGGCUCUGUACUCCAAGCCGCCUGCGGACAUUAGCGCUUCUAAGCUCUAGGGGCCACGGUCACCUCCAAACGUCUCUUUGUCUAGUGUUAUUGUCAAGUGCCGACGACGGCGUCCGAGUAAAUGUGAAGCGUGUGUCUGGUCAUCGUGAGGUCGAGGCUUGAUGCUGUGUUAUCAG